CUCUCUCUCUCUCUCUCUCUCUCUCUCUCUCUCCAGAGAAACACUAAUUAGUAUAGCUAGAUUUAAAAGAAAGAGAUGGGAAACUGUUGUAGAAGUGAACACAGGUCGAUGGUAUCGGCUGGUGAUGACUGGGGAUCUCUCAUGCCGAAGAAGGAAGAAGAAGCUGAAAACAAAUGCGACAUGAAAAAGCAGAGACUACUUGGUGAUCAAAAGGGAGCCUUUGGGCGGUCUCCAGCUUCUUCUACCAGCAUUACUAGUAGUAGUAGUUGUAGUACUGCUCAUGUUACGAGGGAAGUGAAGAUCAAGAUUAGAAAGGAGGAGCUGGAGGAGUUGUUAGGAAGAGUGGACGUGCAAGGGUUGUCUGCUAAACAGGUCCUCGAGAGCUGGUUGGUACACGCUGCUGACCGGAGAUUUAAUAACGUGCUGGCAGAGCAUCACCGGCCGUGGAGGCCGGCCCUGCAGAGUAUUCCAGAGGUUAAUUAGUUGAGGUUCUACUAUUUACAAGUCAGGCUACAAACGACAUGGAUGUAUGUUAUGGAAUUUGU